UUACUAUCACGAGUUAAGGUUGUUUUGGAGUAAAAAUCUCAAACCUUGCGAUCCCUUUCAUCAAUACUACGAAGCGGUGAAAAGGUUACAGCGGUACAGAUCCUAAAGCACACGUAAAUCACCAUGGUUGAUAGCGUUUACCGUACACGUUCCUUGGGAAUCGGUGUCUCUGGCAUUCCAGAUCAGUACGCAGAUGGAAAAGCCGCAAAAGUCUGGCAGCACUACAUCGGUGGACACAAGAAACGAACAGAGUCAUAUAGAGAAUUCUUCUGCAAUCUUUUGAAUGACAACGGUGUAAAACACAUUCUCGAUGUCGCUUGUGGAACAGGAGUGGACUCCAUUAUGCUGCUUGAAAACAACUUUAAAGUGACAAGCACAGAUGCCAGUGAUAAAAUGUUGAAACAAGCAUGGAAGAUACGGUGGCAGCGUCGAAAGGAAGAAGCCUUUGAUGAGUGGGAAAUUGAAGAAGGCAACUGGCUUUCUUUAAAAGAUGCCAACAUUGAUGUCCCUCCACAAGGUUUUGAUGCAGUCAUCUGUCUUGGCAAUUCAUUCGCUCACUUGCCAGACUUCCAAGGAGACUUAACCAAUCAGAAGCUGGCAAUUCAAAACUUCCAAGAUAUGUUAAAGCCAGGCGGGGUCUUGUUCAUCGACCACCGCAAUUAUGAUGCUAUUCUUGAUACAGGCAAAGCCCCUCAGCGAAACUUGUAUUACAAUAGUGACUGUAUUGAGAGUAUCAAGACUUCAGUCCUAUUUGUGGAUGGCAAAGAGAGUAUGAUAACAUUGGACUACACUGUUGACCCUUCAAAGGCUUCAGAUGAUUUUACAGAAGAGGGAGAAGAACCAGCAGUGAAGAAAAGGAAAUCAACUGAAGGAGACAUCAGCAAGUUCCGUCUUUCCUACUGCCCCCUGCGCCUGAGCACAUUUACCAACCUCCUGAAAAGCGUCUUUGGUGAAGCCACAAGACAUGAAGUGUUUGGCGACUUUGAACCUCUUGGACAAGUUGAAUGCCCAGCAUAUUAUGUUCACAUGAUUUGGAAACAGGCCAGUGAAGAUGUGAAUGGUGCGGAAGAUCACUAAACUUUUGGCAAUCUUGUAGCAUCAAAGAGAAUCCUUGAUUUUGAUAUCGACAGUUAAUAGUAGAUCAGAAUUAACUUUAAAUUGUAUUUAGUAGUUAUGUCUGUGUCCAUUGUCACUCCUGAUAAGUGGGAGGUGCACAUGUACAUAAAGUGUAGUUGUUUUUUUUUGUUUUUCUUGUAAAAAUUACUGUAACAGUAUACUACAGUUAAAAUGUAGUCAUUGAUAGAGUUGUUAACCCUUUACUCCCAAGAUCUGAUUGUUAAUUCUCUCCUCCAGCUGCUACACAUUUCCUUAUAAAUUAGUUAUGGGAACUGGGUGCUAGGUCAAGAUAGCAGCUUCCACCUGAUAAGUUAGGAUAUUCUCAUUACCUGUUUGCUGAAUAACAUGGGAUAUUACAGGGAGAAGUUUCAUGUUUAUAACUUCUGGUAAUCAGAGUCAAUAUGAUACACAGCACACAGAAAGGGCCUAGCAAACAAUGGUGCGUGCAUUUGUCAUUUUUUCCAAACCUUUGCAUGAAGUGGCUUUUAUUCCCCAGAGAUGAAGCCAGUUGCCAGUUCUUUUGACAAGUGUGCAAGCCUCACUGGGAUUUCUGUAGCCAGUGAAAACACCUCAGCGACAUUUUGUACAAAGUGAGACACAGAGUGAAGCAAUUGAUAUUGUCAAAAUAAGAGUUGCAACUAGUGGGCACCCUUGCCAACUAAACUAAAUAUAAUAGCUAGAAUGAAUUUUCUUUUCGUUUUUUAAUGUAAAGGAUUCCUGUGCAUGUAAAACUAUCUUAAACAAUGGCUUGUCAUUAUCUCCUUUAGUUGAGUUAAUGAUUUAACCCACAGUACUGGGGUUCCAAACACUCUCUUUAGAGGUAAAAAAAAUUCUGUGAAAAGUGUAUCAUGAAAAAAAUUUAAAGUCUAUGCAAUAAAUUGUUGCGGUUUCCUUUAA